UGGGGCCCAGCCUCGGCAGGAAAUUGCUGUACGCAAAUCUACCUGUGCUGUUUGAUGAGCAGACAUGGCUGUCACGCUGCAUACUGAUGUAGGAGAUAUUAAAGUGGAACUGUUCUGUGAGCGUACGCCAAAGACUUGCGAAAAUUUCCUGGCUCUUUGUGCUAGUAACUACUACAAUGGAUGUGUAUUUCACCGGAAUAUAAAGGGCUUCAUGGUUCAGACCGGGGAUCCAUUAGGCACUGGGAAAGGAGGUAACAGCAUCUGGGGCAAGAAGUUUGAAGAUGAAUUCAGUGAAUACCUAAAGCACAGUGUCCGUGGGGUGGUUUCAAUGGCAAACAGUGGUCCAAAUACCAAUGGAUCACAGUUCUUCAUCACUUAUGGCAAGCAACCGCACCUUGACAUGAAGUACACUGUGUUUGGCAAAGUUAUUGAUGGCUUGGAGACCCUGGAUGAGCUGGAGAAGCUGCCUGUGAAUGAGAAAACCUACAGACCUCUUAAUGAUGUUCGCAUUAAAGACAUUACAAUUCAUGCCAACCCUUUUGCUGUGUAGCUGCAGAGUGCUUCGACACAUUCUGUAGGGACAGAUCAGAUUGACUGCUGGAUUAUGGGGUUUAAAGUAUCUUUCAAAAGGGUUACCUGAGGUGGAUCAUACCAUUGCUCAUUGAAAACAGGAUCUUCAGGAGCUGUGAUGUUUAAGUGUUGUCACAGAGGAAUCUGGUGUUUUAGAAGCCAGUUUUCCAGGAUUUUGAUUUUUAAACAUUGCUUUUUCUACUGGUAAAAUAAAGAUGUGAAAAGAUACAUUUUUUUGCAAAUAUUUUUCUGCCUUAAUUUUCUUAGUGACACUGUGUUGAAACAGUGUCCUUUGCUACAAUUUCAUGCUAAUGGUUUCUUGACCC